AUUAUUUUUAUAAUAUGUUAAUAUUGUUGUACUUAGUUAUGUUAUACUAUAAUAGUUUAUUAAUUAUGUUAGUAAUUAGGCGCGGUCUGUAUAUUAUAAUAUGUAAAGAAUUGUAAUCUAAUGCAUUAUCAUAAAUAAUAAUAAAAAUAAUUGCACAAUAGUUAAGUAGAAAAAAUUACAAUGAUCAGCAAACUAGGCAGUAGGUAAUAAUAAUUAUAAGUAUGUAAAGUAUGUAAUACGUAUGAAUAGAAAAUGUAAGAUGGAAGAAAUUAAGUAUUUGGCAAAGAACGUGAUGACCGCAAACGCGACAUCCUGUCCCUGUCGUGCAUGAACAUUUUCCGCGUCAAGUAGCAUUUGUUUUAAUGAAUGGGAAUGGAUGUGAAAAUACGCAAGUUAUUUAUUUUUUUUUUAUUAUUAUUGUUGUACGUUUUCGCGAGUCAUGAGUGCCGACGUAUAUAUGACUAGGAGCACCAUUAAAAUCUUUUAGUCUUUACAGAAAUAAGGAAUCAUGUGUCGUACUUUGCAUAUUUUUUUAUGUGGAAUUAUUUGCCUGGGAAUUUUUGACAAUGGAUAUACAGCGGAACAUCCAGUUAUAACGCCAAAUUUACUCUCAUCUUUAUCAGCGAACGUGGGCGCCAUUUUAUCCCCAAACCUUCUGAAAGAGAUACAAAACCGCGCAUCAAACCGUACUGGUAACAAAGAAAGCCAUGAAUCUUUCUACAACGACCCGACAGUCUUGCCCGCAACACCCACUAAGCCCAAGCCAACCAGAUUAACCUCCAAAAAACCAAAAGUAGCCGUGGUCCCGAAUUCCCAGCUCAUAAAAUUUGAAGAAACGGAUUCUCUCCGAGCUCCUCAAACUCAGUUAGAGAACCAAUUUCCCUUCGGAGUCAGGAACAACUUCCGUGACUUCGGUACCGGGUUCCAGGGAGCUGGGCGCCAACUUUCCGGGCAGUUCAACAACCAGCUGGGCCAAUUUGGGCAGUUCAAUGGCGGAUUGGGGAAUUUUGAUUCCUUUAACUCGGACAUUUACCGACCUUUCGCUUCGCUCGACGGCUCUCGGGCGAAUGACAAUGGCGCCCAGCCCCAACAAUUCGCAGGUCCAGUAAACCAAAAUAACGGCGCUAACGCUAAUAGGCAGUUCAAUUACCCCGCGAAUCCGCAGGACUUCAACAGGUUCCAAGAUUUCGGAAGGUUCGGGUUCAAUGGACAGUUUCCGGGGAAUCGUUUCUUCGAUCCCUCCCAGAGACAGAACCAAUAUUUGAACUUCGCGCAAGACCCUAGAGCCUUGGGGCAAAACCAGCAGAAUUUCCAAGACCCGAGGGUCAAUUUCCAGAACCCUGAUCAGGCUAGACUCGGACAAGGGUUAGGACAAGGUCAAGGACAAGAACAGGGCAUCGGACCGGUAAAUGGAGCCUUCCAGCAGCAGAAUUUCGCGAACCCGCAGAACUACGCGCCAAAUUUCAACCUCUUGCAGAAUCAAAGAUUCCAGUCGCCCUUUAAUGGAAACUUUGACAGAAACGAACAAGAAGGCUUGAACCCAAACUUCCCCUUCUUCCAGGGCCGUCCAGAUGGCGCCCAAGCCCAGCAAAUUCCCGGGAACAACAACGGACAGAAUAUCAACGGGCAAAUUAACCCUCAGAUUAAUUCUUCCCGGAGAUCUGAAGAAUCUUCCCAAAAUUCGCAGAGAAAAAACCCGACACAAAAAACAACCACCAUAAUUCCAGAAGUAGAGAGUUUACAAAUUGAAAAAUUGUUCUACCCUCCGGUUAAUGAUUAUUCAGAUGUUCGUAUCAAUUCUGACGCCUUCAAGCAGCACUCGGUGGGCGCCAAUAUUGUUGAUAAAAACCCAAAAACUAAUAUUGUAUAAAUUUUUUAGCGAUUUAUGAUUGUAAUAUUGUAUUGUCUUUUUUUAUUGUAUUUAAAGUUUUAAUAAAUGUUAUUGCAACGAAA